UCGGCGGUCACAUUCAGAGCAGCAGCAGCAGCAAAGGAGGAGACAGCGCGGCUUCUAUCGCGAUGUCUGAGCGGCGGCGUCUUCUCCUCCUCCUUCAUCCACUGUGAAGCCCUCCGUCCACUCAGUCCGCCUCAUAUGAAUGUGUCGCCUCAGUGAAGCCGUUUGUUGUUGUUAGCAUGCGUCCAGCAGGAGCGUGUCCUCCUCCUCCUGCUGCUCCUCUCUGUGCUGCGCGCUCCUCUCUGUGUCUCCGGCUCCUCGUUGUGCUCCAGUGGCUGCUGCUGUGCCAGGCUCUCGUGUCUGCAGGCGCUGCUCAUGAUGGACUAAAUGAAAAGGACUCACAGUCAGUGAAGAGAAGCCUCCAGCAUGUCCACAGAUAUGAGGUUACUUCUCCCAGAUGGCUGCAUCCUCUGACACACAGCAGCUCUGCCAACAAAGAGCAGCAGCAGUAUCCUACAGAGAUGCAGGUUGUGAUCUCAGCCGAGGGCCAGGAGCUCAGACUGCAGCUGGAGAAAAACGAGCAGCUGUUGGCCCGUGGAUAUCAGGAAAUAUGGUACACUCCUAAUGGAGCCCGCAAAUCCUCCUCUCCCACCAACACUGGACACUGUUUCUACCAUGGGGAGGUCCAGGGGUUUGAAGGUUCCAGCGUUGCUGUUAGCACAUGCUCAGGACUCAGGGGACUGAUUUCUCUGAACACAAGCGUCAGCUACCUGAUCGAGCCGCUCCCCGAUCACGCUGAUGCUCAGCAGCACGCCGUGUUCAGAGCCGAGAGUCUUCAUCUCCCCAAAGGAAGCUGCCUGCAUCACCACGGCAACGGGCGGAAGGAGCGGCUUGAUGACUUCAUCCAUGGAACGAUGUCACAAGGGAACGUGAGGGAUAAAAGGGACCUGAGUCGAGCCAUGAAGUAUGUGGAGUUGCUGAUGGUGGCAGACAAGGCUGAGUUUGAGAAGCAUGGGAGCAGUCUCGAGAAAACCAAACUGAAACUACUGGAGGCGGCGAAUUUGGUCGACAAGUACUACAAGGCUUUGAGCAUCCGUGUGGCACUGAUCGGUCUGGAGGUGUGGACCCGCCAGGACCUGAUCAACGUGUCGGAUAACCCGCACAGCACUCUCGCAGCGUUCCUGUCCUGGAGACGCAAACAGCUCCGCGUGCUUCCCAACGACAACGCUCAGCUCAUCACGGGGAGGUCUUUCCAGGGAACCACUAUCGGGCUGGCACCUCUCAGAGCCAUGUGCUCCGACUACCAGUCUGGGGGAGUGAACACGGACCACUCAGAAUCCGCUGUUGGCGUUGCCGCCACCAUGGCACACGAGAUGGGUCACAACUUUGGCAUGAGCCAUGACAGCACAGGCUGCUGUCAGGCCAGAGCAGAAGAUGGAGGUUGCAUCAUGGCUGCUGCCACUGGGCAUCCGUUUCCCCGUGUUUUUAAUGCUUGUAAUGAGAAGGAGUUAAAGAGUUACCUGAACUCUGGAGGAGGGAAGUGUCUCUUUAACCUGCCCAACACCAGAGCCAUGUACGGAGGGCAGCGCUGCGGCAAUGGUUACCUGGAGGAUGGGGAGGAAUGUGACUGUGGAGAGGAAGAGGAGUGCACCAGUCCCUGCUGUAACGCCAACAACUGCACUCUGAGGGCUGGAGCUGAGUGCGCCCAUGGCAUCUGCUGUGAUAACUGCAAGCUGAAGAGCCCCGGUGUGCUGUGUCGUGCUCCGUCAGGACCAUGUGACCUGCCAGAGUACUGCGAUGGGAAAGCAGAGUCCUGUCCUGCUAAUUUCUAUUUGGUGGACGGUAUAUCGUGUGCAGGCGGGCAGGCUUACUGUUACACCGGCAUGUGUCUGACACUGGAGCAGCAGUGCCGCUCACUGUGGGGACAAGAUGGCCGUCCAGCCCCUGACCUGUGUUUUCAGAAGGUAAACGAGGCUGGAGACAUGUAUGGGAACUGUGGCAAAGAUCUGCUGGGCAAAUACAGGAGCUGCAAGGACAGAGAUGCUAAAUGUGGGAAAAUCCAGUGCUUAUCUUCAGCUGCGAAACCCAUUGAGAGCAAUGCAGUGUGUAUAGAAACCACGGUCACUGUGGGCAGCAAGAGGAUCCGGUGUAUGGGAACACACGUGUACAAGGGGGACGAGGAGGUUCAGGGAGACACUCUGGACCCGGGCCUGGUCAUGACAGGCACCAAGUGUGGCGAUGACUCGCUUUGCUUUAAUGGAGAGUGCCGCAAUGCAUCAUUUCUCAGAGCUGAUGAGUGCAAUGCCAAGUGCCAGGGACACGGGCUGUGUAACAACAACCAUAACUGUCACUGUGACCCGGGCUGGGCUCCUCCUCUGUGUGACCAGAGGGGCUCAGGUGGGAGUGUGGACAGUGGACCUGUCCUCAGCCAAAGCGGUCUCCUCCCAGCGCUGCUGGUCCUCCCUCUGGUUCUCUUUGUGGUUCUGGCUGCUGUUGGACUGUGGUGCUGCUACAGGCAUAAGCUCCACCCACUGAAAGCGUCAGCUCCACCUCCAAAUUGUUCAGUCCCAGUGGAGGUCAAGCCUCUGUGCACUGACGGUCAUUUGAACGGUCACACCAACCCGACGUUCUUACUGAAGAAACAACAGUCAGACAACCUGGUGAAGUCGUCUGCCUGUCCGAGCCCGUCUCCCUCCACCCGGUCCAGACCUCCCAUCGUGCGUCCAGCAGUGAAGCCUCCUCCUGUUCCUGCGUACGCUGCAGAGCCAAACAAGCAGACGGCCGAGCCUCACAUCCAACCGACACCUUCUUCUUCUUCUCAGGCUUACACUCCCCCUACUCUUCAAUCUGCACAGCUGACCAAACAGAGACAAAUCCUCCGGGCUCCAUCUUUACCUGGCCAGGACCCUAAAGGCCGCCCUUCUGUAGCACCUAAACCACGACCUGACCCCCCUAACAGACCUCCACCACCUUGUCCUGUCAACAAACCAUCAGCGGAACAACAAAAAGUGACAGGCGUUGCUUUGGCUCCAUCUGCUGGACAGAAAAAGCCAAACAGACCCUAAACUAAGAUCUCAGGGACACACUGGGGGACGCCACUCACACCCAGUACUGGACAAGACACUAUGGCACUAUGGGAUUAGACUUGACACACUUGCAGUAUAUUUAUGAUGUGUAAUAAGGGAAAAUGUUGGAAUUACAACAACUUUAUUUGAAGUCUACAUUUCCGCUGUAUCCAGCUGAAACAGUCAUUUAAUUGUUUUUUUAGUUUUUUUGUCCCAGAAGUUACUGGAAUGUGAACCUGUUCCUGCUGUGAGCUGUGUUUAAGCACUGUUCCUGCAGGAUUCACUCUCAACGCAAAGAAAAAGGAAUGUUUACAAUGUAGCCUAUGUACCGAACAUGGUGUCUCUUCAUGGGAUAGUUCAGGUUUGUUUGUUUUUUGAAGGGUGCUUGUAUGAACUCCAGACACAUUCUCAACACUGCAAACAUUUUCUUGAGCUGUCGUACGUUACGUUUACGAUUAAGUGCAAACUAAAUGUCCGGCUGCUGUGAAGCUAAUAUUGGGAGGUAGUUCACCACAGAUCAACUGUAGAUGGCGCAACAGGACAUUUUUAAAUGACGUAAAUAAAGAGCCAGUAGCUGUUGAUAUACGGACGUGUUUUGGUUUCUCAAUGAGAUAUUUAAAAUGUUCUGUGUUGGCAUGGAUGUUAUUAGGCCUUAGGAGAAAACAACAGCAGACUCAGAAAAGUCAGUGUUGACAUGUGCCGUUACCUCAGAAAACCUGCACUCUCCCUUUUUAAGAGCACCAGCUGUAAUGGGAUAUCUUAUAUUAAGAAAAGAUGCAAAUAGUGAAGUGCUUAAGCUUCUUAAGUGUGAAAAAUAAUGUGAUUUUUACUGGACUAAUGGGGACCAGUGAAAGCCCUACACGCAUGCUGUAAGUCUAUGCUUAUGCUGACAAAUAUGUAUCUGAUGUAUAGAAGGAAAUGUAGAGAUUUGUCUUUUUCUUUGUUUCACAGCGUUCAGAUGUCAUUUUGCUGUUCAGUUGCACUUUUAGUCGUCAGAUACUCCUGAAGGCAGGGAAUGAGUCCUUCCACCAAGUUAUGACAGUCACUUUUCAAAAAGGGCCCUCAUCGUUACAUUUGAUUUCUUACUUCCGUCACUGACAGUCUGUGAUGAAAGUGUUUUCAAAAAUGAGACGGUACCUGUGUCAGUUAAAGCUGUAGUAGGCAGGAUUGUUCUAGAGAUAUUUGAGUCUCAUGCCUGCACUUGUUAAAUACUAAUUGUUGUCCUGAGCUCCUCCCAACAGAUGACCUGAAACAGAAAUAUUAUAGAUAUCAACAUUGUGUUUAUUAACACUUUUUCCAGCCAAUAACAGCUGCCUUAGUAUGGAAUUAUCCAUCAAUAUUACACAAAAACAUCUUGCCUACCCCAGCUUUAAACUUUAAUUUGCACCAUGAAAAUGAAGUGAUUUUAUAUGUUUGCCUAAAGAUUUUACUAAAGCUGUUCAGUAUGAGUUCAGUCAUGACCAAAAUAUUAUGUAGACUCUUUAAUGAGCCGGUGUACUGUGACUGCUAUGUUACAACAUAACUCUGGCGUUAUUAUUAUUAUUAUUAUUAUUAUUAUAACAACAAUAUGGUACUGUUAAAAAACCCCAUGGUUCAUUUGAGUGCUUGAGGGAUGAACCAGUUUGUGUGUGUGUAUUAUGAGAAUACUGUCGAUCAGCUGCCAUGUUUUACCUUUUUAAUCAGACCUAUGCAAACUCAGGCCCCUGAGCAACACUGUGUCUUCAACUGGAAUGUACAUGAACACAUGGAAAAUUAAAAAUGUCAUGUUACA